AUGGCGCAGUCGCCGCCGCCGCCGCCGCCGCCGCGGGGCCCCGCGGGCCCGGAGCCCUGGGUCUUCGCGCGGGGCUGGGCCCGGGCGGGACACGCGGACUCCGCGUCGCCGGCCUCCUCCUCGGACUCCUCGGGCUCCUGCCCGUGCGACGGCGCCCGCCGCCCGCCGCGGCCCGCGCCCCCGGCCGCCGCCGCCGCCGCCCCGCCGGCGCCCCGCCGGCCUCGAACCCGCGUCGCGGGCGGCGGGCCGCGGCGCAGCGCCAGCGAGCGCGAGAAGCUGCGCAUGCGCACGCUGGCCCGCGCGCUGCUGCGCCUGCGCCGCUUCCUGCCGCCGUCGGUGGCGCCCGCUGGGCAGAGCCUCACCAAGGUGGAGACGCUGCGCCUGGCCGCGCGCUACAUCGCGCACCUGUCGGCCGUGCUGGGCCUCCGGCGCCGGCGCCCGGACGCGGCGGGGCCCCGCGGCUGCCCGCUCUGCCCCGGCCCGGGCCCCGGCCCCGACGGGGCGGCCUGGGGAGACCCGCCCGCCGCGCCGCCGCCCCCCGGCUGCCCGCCGUCCCCGCCGCGCCCGGCCCCCGCCGCCCCGCUCUGGACCCCGCCCCGGGCCGCGCCCUGGACGCCGCCCCCCGCGCCUCCGGAGCUGGCCGAGGUGUUCCGGAACGUCCCUGUGUCUCCAGAGCCCUGCCUGUCCCUGGAGAGCCCCCCCCUCCUGGCCCUCCCUUCCUGCCAGAGACCCCAGCCUCAGCUCCAGUGGGGGUGCUGGGGUCCCGACGUCACAGAGCUGCUGCCGGGUCCCGGGGACCAGGAGCCGGGCCCCAUCUUCCCGCUCAGCGUGGUGAGCCCCGGCCUGAGCCCUGGCCUGAGGCUGGGCGGCUGCCCUGAACUUUGGCACGAGGAUCUGGACGGGCCACAGCUGGGCAUCUUCUAACGACUUUGCUGCCCCUGGGCAGCCCCAUCGGCCCGCGGCGUGAAUGCCUUCCCUUCCUCCUUGUUUGCUUCCCGGGGGGCUUUUGAGCUCUCUGGCAGCCACUGGUUUUUCUGAAGGAUGCCUCAGUGCCAACAGACGGACAGAUGGGUGGUGGGGUCCUCCUUGGCUGAAGGGGGCGGAGGGGGGGCAGGAGCACCCUCCACUGCCUGGCACCCCCGUGCUCUGACCCCAAAGGCAGCCAGGCUGGAAAAGGGGGGAGGGGCGGGGCCAGGCCUGGGCUCCCCACCCUUGGUCAGUGCAGUUCAGAAUCCUGUGGUUUAUUUUGUA